GAGCAGGAGCGCAGCUGAGCGUCGCGUCGCGUCGCGUCUCCAUAGCAACGCGAUCAGACGCGCGCCGCGGGGAAAGUUUCGCUCGUGAUCCGAACGGAGCUCCAGGAUGUCACGGGGGUUUCCCGACUUCCCUGAAAUAACGAGCGAAAACUUUGAACACAGUCUCUCAUCUGAUCAGAGCUUCGUGGAGUUCUUCAACGACUUCCUGCUGCUUCCGGUGUUCUCCGUGGCCGUGAGGUAUGAUGGGAUGUCUGCAGGCUUCGAGCUGCUGGAUCACACCGCUGUGUGUCUGUCUCACCGGAUCAGAACCGCUCUGAUGGAGAUCAGGUCCAGAGCUGUGUGUGAGCCGAGCUGGAGCCCUGCAGAACCCCUGCGAGACAACAGCUACAGCGUCACACGUCUGGACCGAGAGCAGACCGUCCAGUGGCUGAAGAGAGACAGACUGCCCUUCUUCCUGCGGAGCGACUGUUACUUUGAGUUCAGGUUGACUAAAGGUCUGUCUCAGCUCAGCGGGGCUCGCUCCUCUCCAGCGGAUGAUCAGUGCUGUCUCCUGUCUGCUCGGCCGUUCGGCAGAUUUUCAGAGGAGAUGGACAGCAGCUUCACCUGUCUGAACCCUUCCCGAUCAGAGCCGGACGACUGCAGCUCAGCACACGGUCGUUCUCGGUCCAGCUUUCUGGAGUUUAAGAGGUCUCUGGUCGGCGGGCCGGGAGAGAAUAUUCUUCAUCUGUGGAUGGAUAUCGAACGACUGAAGACACUCAGCGCCAAGACCAAGAGCAGGUAUUUAGGGUGGAUGAAGGGUCAGUAUGUGGUCAGCAGCAGCGCAGCGGCUCUAGGUGAACAGCUGCUGUGUAGACUGGGGUUAAACAGCGCCACCUGCUGGAGAGAGGAGCGACUGCGAGAGCUUCAGCCCCGUCUGUCAGAGAUCCUGCUGCUGUACUGGGGUCAGCGCUUCCGCUUGAUUGUGUCGGGUCAGAGGUCAUGUGAGCGAGGGCUGAGUUCUUCUGUCUGCGCAGACACUGAUCCGCAGACCGUCUGCUCCUGCAGUGAUAUGAGAGCUGAGCUGGACGGCACUGAGAUUCAGACUCUGCUGGAGGCUCUACACACUGAAUCCAGAUCUGGUUUCUUUUUUACUCAUUUCUGUCAGAAUUCAGGACAGCAGUUGUGGGAAAAUGCUGUGUAUUUCUGCUCAGAACUACUGCAGUACCACCAGCUCUUCUGCCAGAGCAGAUUUGAUCCGUACAGAGCACAGCGCACGGCUCAGCUGCUGUAUGCCUCGUACCUGAGCAGCGGUGCUCAGAUGAGCGUGGGCUUGAGCGAGGAGGACAGGAGAGCGGUCCUGCUGCGUCUGAGUCCCCCGUUCGAGGAUCUGUUUGACCGGGCGGAGGAUCAUGCUCUGAGAGUCCUGCUGGAGCCCUGGACACUGCUCUCAGAGAGACUCCGAGACGCUCCACACACUGUGGCGCAGUGGCAGGAGGUGCGUUACGCCGAGGCUGAGCUCUUCCAGACUCUACAGACUCUGUACACACACACUCAGAGCAGACAGCAGCAGCAGCACAGGACUCCAGCAGAGGGCAGCAGAGCGCCGGGGAUCUGGGACAAGGUUCCGCAGGAGUUCCGCGCGGUCCGUCUGGAUUCACUGCUGAGGAACCGCAUGGAACUACAGCACUUCCUGUCCUUCCUGGAGGAGAACUCGGCCAGUCUUGAGCUGCAGUGCUGGCUGGACGUGGAGCAGCUGAAGAAGAGUGAUGGAGCGCUGCUGGAGGAGAGAAACACCAGCAUCAAAGACAAAUAUUUCAGCAGUAACUUCCUGUUUGGAGCCGGCAGCCCGGCCACUGAAGAACAGCAGAUGAGGUUGCUGCAGAUGUGUGGUGGUCAGCAGUGUCUCCAGCGUGACUCCGUGUCUCUGUCUGUUCUCUCGGAGCUUCAGUCUCUGCUUCACAGUCGUUUAGAAACUCGAUGGCUGCCGCUGUUUCUCUCGAGCUCACAGUUCAUCAGGCGUCAGCAGCAGAAGAAGGUCACAGACGUGGAGAGAGAGCAGCAGCCGGUCAUCCGUCAGCGCAGGAGGAGACACGUCUGGAGGGCGUCUGGAGGUCUGAUGAGCUCGUCUCAGGAGUCGGUGGCUCUGCGCAGGGCUCUGUUGAAUCCCGUCACCUGUCUGCAGUUCCAGAAGUUUCUGUCUGUCCGAGAUGAUCUGCUGGAGAACGAUCUGCUCUUCUGGCUGGAGGUUCAGAGAUACAAGGAUCUGUGUCACUCCCGCUGUGAUGAUGUGGCGCUCCAGAGGAAGGUGUCCAUCAUCAUCAGCUGCUUCAUCAGUAGUUGUGUUCCGCCGGCGCUGCAGAUCCACGUUCCUCCAGAGGCAGCGCAGAGAGUCAUGAGUCAGCAGCGAGCGCUCGGGCCAUACGUCUUCAGAGAGACACAGGCAUGUGUGUUUGACGAGCUGCUCAAGCACUGGCCGGAUUUUGUGGCGUUGCGCUCCGCCGUUGGAGAGGAAGAGCUUCAGCGAGUGCUGGACAGAGAGACACGGAGCAGGAGACCGACAGAAGAACAGGACGACAGCUGCUCACAGCAGGAGGAAGAGGAUGAGGCACAUGUCGUUGCUGAUGAAGAGCAGAACUGUGGGACUGACGGCACGAGAGCAGCCACAUAUAAGAUCUCCUGGUCCUACACUAAACACAUGGCAGCGCUGGAACACGAGAAAACACCAUCCUCUUCCUCAUCCACGACAGAUCAACACACACGCACACACAGACGCUCCAGACACACAUCUGAUCAGAUGAAGAACCAGAACGAACACCGAGCUGAAGACAGAGCCUCAACCGAACAAGUGACACGUGUGAUGUACAGUUAGAUUUUAUUAACAAAAAACAGAUUCAUUAUAUAGUGACA